AUGUUUUCAAUUCACCCGCCAUUCCGGUUUUUAGUGACGACGUGGCCACUCAUCAUGUACAAGUAUUUGGUGGAGACAUACCGCCUUUCUUCAGCAGAUGGAGUCGAGUUCCCGUCGCCUGGCUCGUCUAUUACGUCUCCUCCUCCUGGCAAAGUGGGGAUUUAUCUUAAAUCCCUUAACGUCAGGUUACGCCUUCCUCUUACCGAUUUCCAGGAAGAGGUCCUGCAAAAAGAAGGUUGUAGCAUCCGGAUGUUGACUCCCAACACUGUGAACAAGAUAGUGGCGUUUGAGAUGAUUUGCCGCGCUAACGGCGUUCUCCCUGACUAUUUUGUCUUUAAAUUCUUCUUUAGGUUUUGUUGCACUGGUGACAAGUGCACUUUUUUCGUCCAGCAAGGGGGGCAUACCUUAGUUCCCGAUGGAAAGACCCCCAAGAACUGGCAAGACAAGUGGUUAUGGGUGAAUCACGGUUUGGCAGGCAGCAGACGGUACCGUGCUAACUCCUUCGCCGAUCUCACUCCCAAAUUGUUUCCGCACAACCAAAGUGUCGCCGAUCUUCUAAAGAACAUCCAGGUUUCUUCCACUGUUGCUGAAAAAACUUGUUAG